AUGCAGAUAUUGACUCUAGGAGGGAUAAGUAGAUACCUCGAAAUCGCAGGAAUGGGUCGAGACUCCAUGUCUGACUCGCUUCUGAAAUGCCCAGGUAUCUGUACGAGUGAGGUAUAUGAUGGAGGAAGUCAGCGAGACUUCAACCCUGAUCGCUCUCUUCAGAUCACAACAAAGCGCGGACAAUCUGCUCUUGCUGAGAUCAGAGCCGCCGCCGACCAGAUUAUCGCCAGGUCCAAGGACAGCCCACAAUUGGUCAUCGCUCAAGAAGGAACCCUCAAGGGAAAUAAAGACAACUUGUACGUAUCUCAGAGGGGACAACCCAAGAGGAUCUGGUCGGCCCAGCCGAGGAGGAGCGAAGAUUUCAACCCCAGAAGCCCUGACUCCUGGAGAGGGUUGAGCUCAGACAGACUAAAGCCUGCUCGUCCUAAGACGGCGUCGGAUGCUGUGCUACUCGGACAUGUCAGGGCAAGCAUGUGGAGGGCACUGAACCGUCGGAAACCCUCCCUCAAGGGGACUGAGAGCAUACCCAUCGUCACCCUCGCCGUAGUCUCCCCGAGGUCGCAGAGGUCGCUCAAUUCGUCGAGCGCCUUGAGGACGGAGGAGCCUCGUCCUCGCGCCAGGCAGUCCAAGUUCAGCCCGGCGAGGCUCGUGCGGCCAAAGACAGCAACUGACGCGACGAGGUUGAAGAUCGGGAACCCGGAGGCGAGGACGGAGGCAAAGUCUCCACAGAGAAGAAGAAACGUCUUCGUGAAGGGAAGGAACUCGAACGAGCAGGGCGUUCACACAUCGGAGCUCGACCAGGUCAUUGCGCUCAAAGAAAGUGUCCGCUCCCUCAAGUCUGACAUCGAGAAGGCGAUGUCGCGAUGCAAGGCGAUGGAACAGAAGAUGGUGAAGCAAUCGGACAAGACUGACUUCUUCAGCUUCUGCUCUGGAAUGAUUGUCGACACACAGGUAAGAAUUUUUCUCAGCUCGCAACAAAUCCUGACUUCGGUGUCAGAUCGGGGUAUGGGAACCAAUGUCGUCACUCAGAAGUACUGCCAGAAGAACAAGCUGGAAGUGGAAAGUUUCAAACAGAAGGAGACCGCAGCCUACAGAUAA